UGGGCGGGCAGGUCGCGCCGUGGGACCCUGUGGGAGCCGUGGGCGUCGGGGUGGGUGCUGGAGCUGAGGUGAUUUCCGAUCUGGUGGGUUGGGACUCCCAGGAAAAACCUGACGUCUCGGGAUUCUUUCUGCGUUCGGUUCCGCUCCGCGCGGCGCCGAGGAGGAAUAAUGGCUGCCACCUUCCAGGGGGUGGUGGUGGUGUUCAGUGAUGUGACUGUAGACUUCUCCCGAGAGGAGUGGGAAUACCUGGACUCUGUGCAAAGAGUUUUAUACAGAGAUGUGAUGCUGGAGAACUACAGCAACCUGGUAUCAGUGGGACUUUCUAUUUCUAAACCAGCUGUGAUCACCUUAUUGGAGCAAGGGCAUGAGCCCUGGACAGGUGGUCCAGAGUUUACUAGAUGUAUUAUCAGAUUGCUUGAAGCUGUUUUAACCACAUUCAUGGUUUCUUUAAAGGGAAAAAUUAGUAAUGUAAAAUCAUUYCCAUUAGAGUUCAUGGAAGGAAUUAUAAGGCCGUGCUCAAGUGUCCAAGAUAUUUGGGAAUGUAAAGACCAGUUUGAGGGACCAUAUUCUUAUCAAGAAGCACAUUUCAGCAAAGUAAUAAUCACCCGUGAAGAUGUACCUGCUUUUGAUCAGCAGGUAUCUCUUACUCUAUACCACAGAUCUGGAAAUGAGGAUAAACCAUAUUACUGUAAGGAAUGUGGGAAGCCUUUUAGUCGUGGAUCACAACUUACUCAACACCAGAGAACUCACAGUGGUGAGAAACCCUAUGACUGUAGGGACUGUGGGAAGGCCUUCAGUUGUAGUUCCGCACUUUCAAGACAUCAGAAAACUCACACUGGUGAGAAACCCUAUGAAUGUAAGGAAUGUGGUCAGUCCUUUAGUUGUGGCCCAUAUCUUCUGUGACAUCAGAGGAUUCACACUGGUGAGAAACCUUAUGAAUGUAGACAAUGUGGGAAGGCUUUUAGUUGGAUGUCAUAUUUUUCUCAACAUCAAAGAAUCCAUACUGGUGAAAAACCCUAUGAAUGUAAGCAGYGUGGAAAAGCAUUUUGUUGGAAGUCCUAUCUUACAAAACAUCAGAGAAUCCAUACUGCUGAGAAAUUCUAUGAGUGUAAGGAAUGUGGGAAGGCCUUUAAUAAGACCUCAAAACUUGUUCAACAUCAGAGAAUUCACAUUGGAGAGAAGCCCUAUGAGUGCAAAGAAUGUGGAAAAGCCUUUAUUAGGAGCUCAAGCCUCAUUCAGCAUCAGAGAAUUCACACUGGUGAAAAACCCUAUGAAUGCAAGGAAUGUGGAAAGACCUUUAGUUGUAACUCAUACCUUUCUCAACAUCAGAGAUUUCACAGUGGUAAGAGACCCUAUGAAUGUAAAGAAUGUGGAAAGACCUUUAGUUACCACUCAAACUUCACCAUACAUAAGAAAAUGCAUACAGGUGAGAAACCCUAUGAAUGCAAGAACUGUGGCAAGGCCUUUACUAGGAGUUGGAACUUUAUUCGACACCAGAGAAUUCAUAAUGGUGAUUAA